AUGACGCUGCUUUCUGUGUUUGUCUCUGUAUCCUCAGAGUCCAGAGGACAGGUCACACUGACUCAGCCUGCAGCUGUGAGCUCUGCUCUGGGAGGGACAGUCACCAUCUCAUGUUUAACCAGUCAGAAUGUGAAUGGCAAUAACUACUUAGCCUGGUACCAACAGAAGGAUGGAGAAACUCCUAAAAUGCUCAUUUAUUAUGCUAGCACUCGAGUAUCAGGGAUAUCAAAUCGUUUUUCAGGCAGUGGAUCUGGAUCUAGUUUCUCUCUGACCAUCAGUGGAGUCCAGACUGAAGAUGCAGCAGUUUACUACUGUCUUCCUGAACACUACAUCAACAGUCUGUAUCUGUUCACACAGUGA